UGUGGAGACCGUUUGGUAAGUGUGGAAGAAGCUUCAACUGUUUCGUCGCGUAUUUAUAUAUAUAUAAACCUGAAUAUUCGAGCCAAGCGGUGAAAAAGCCUCAAAAUUAUUCUCUGAUAUCUCCAAACUCAUCUAUAAUCAACACCAUAUAUAUAGGUGAAUUUAUACAAAAACUUGUAGGAACAGCAUCAGCACCGGAUUAGAGAUCUUUCAAAAAUGCAGAAAGCAAAAGCAAAGUGUUUAUUAACAGAGGAAUUGAAGUCGAAAGCCGAGGUUUAUCACGGGGACAAAGUUUGCAGGGAGAAGUUCUGUUUGUUGCUGGCAGAAAAAGGUCUACCUGAAGGGUUAUUGAGCCUUGAAAACAUUGAGGAAUGCGGGUAUGUGAAGGAAAUAGGGUUUGUUUGGUUAAAGCUUGAGAAGAAGAAGGAGCAGAGGUUUGAUAACAUGCAUGUCUGUUAUGAUUCAGUGGUGACUGCUUAUGUGGAGCCAAACAAGAUCAAGAAUCUCACUGGGGUCAAGGCCAGAGACUUUCUGGUUUGGUUCACUUUGAAUGAGAUUUGUGUUAGGACAUCACCAGAAGGACCUGUCAUCACCUUCAAAUCUUUGGUUGGUCUUUCCAUGUCUUUUCCAUUUUCGUUCUUCAAACCUGGGAAAUAAACCAGGGAUUGUAAUUAUUCAAGAACAAAAAAAUAGUAUUAAUUACAUGUUCUGUUAAUGUUGUGAUAUAGAAUUAUGUUUUAUCAA